AUGCGCGCUGAGUUUCCAAUAACAAAGAUGGCGGUGCAAGAAACAGCUGCUCAGCUCUCCAUGGCUCUGAAGGUCCAGGAAUAUCCAACUCUCAAGGUUCCUUAUGAGACCUUGAACAAGCGCUUCCGUGCGGCUCAGAAGAACAUCGACCGGGAGACGAGUCACGUGACCAUGGUGGUGGCCGAGCUGGAGAAGACCCUCAGCAGCUCCUUCCCCGUGGUGGACUCGGUGGUGUCGCUGCUGGACGGCGUGGUGGAGAAGUUGAGCGCCCUCAAAAGGAAGGCGGCCGAGUCGAUCCAGGCCGAAGACGAGAGCGCCAAGCUCUGCAAGAGGCGCAUCGAACACCUGAAGGAGCACAGCAGCGACCAGCCGGCUAACGUGAGCGUGUGGAAGAGGAAGCGCAUGGACCGCAUGAUGGUGGAGCACCUGCUGCGCUGCGGCUACUACAACACCGCCGUCAAGCUCGCCAAACAGAGCGGAAUCGAGGAUCUGGUGAACAUCGAGAUGUUCCUCACGGCGAAGGAGGUGGAAGAAUCUCUUGAAAGACAGGAAACCGCCACCUGCCUGGCCUGGUGCCAUGACAACAAGUCUCGCCUGCGGAAGAUGAAGAGCUGUUUGGAGUUCAGUUUAAGGAUCCAGGAAUUCAUCGAGCUGAUUCGACAGAACAAACGCAUGGACGCCGUGAGACAUGCCAGGAAACACUUCAGCCAGGCCGAGGGCGGGCAGCUGGACGACGUCCGGCAUGUGAUGGGCAUGCUGGCGUUCCCCUCCGACACUCACAUUUCACCGUAUAAGGACUUCCUGGAUCCAGGACGCUGGAAGAUCCUGAUCCAGCAGUUCAGAUACGACAACUACAGGUUACACCAGCUGGGAAACAACUCUGUGUUUACCAUCACCCUGCAGGCAGGACUGUCUGCCAUCAAGACCCCACAGUGUUACAAAGAGGACGGAUCCUCCAAGAACCCAGACUGCCCCGUGUGCAGCAAGUCCCUGAACAAGCUGGCUCAGCCUCUGCCCAUGGCCCACUGUGCCAACUCUCGUCUGGUGUGUAAGAUCUCGGGCGAGGUGAUGAACGAGAACAACCCGCCCAUGAUGCUGCCUAACGGCUACGUGUACGGCCAUAACUCUCUGCUGUCGAUUCGUCAGGACGAUAAGGUGAUUUGCCCCAGAACCAAAGAGGUCUUCAACUUCUCCCAGGCUGAGAAGGUUUACAUCAUGUGAUGAGGGGUGCGGAGCUCGCUCCUCUGCUCUUUAAAAAUACGCCGCCGCCCCGGGCUCCACGAAUCCCAAAACGAUCUGUACCCGACGGGGGGGCGCGUGUUCGCCAGCCCGUGUUCCAUCAGACUGAUUUCAGUUGCUCUGCCUCGGCCCGAACCUGUCGACCGAACCGUAACCGAGGAAGCGCCUCGAGCCUCGGUGUGUGAUUCCCCGGAGGUGUUCGGUCAUAUUUCGGCUUUUUGUGUACCGCUCGUGUUCGACGGCGCGGCUCCGAACGGCUUCCGCCUUUUUAGUGUGUUUAAAAAAUAAAUAAUAAAUGACCGGUUCGAUCGAGUCUGAAGGGCGUCGGCCCGCGUUUUUUAGCCGGAUUGUGAUUGGGUGGUGAUGGUAGUAUCGUUUUCUCAUUUCUUGCGUGGAAUCCAACACAUUUAAUUCAGUAACCCUGGCAGUCACCUGGCAGGACGUGUAGUAGCAUCAGUGGCAUUACGUAGGUAUAGAGAGACCUGGUGGUUUAUGGGUAACUAGUCGUGAAGGUUCUUAGACUUUACAUUACAUACCGUAGCAGAUCCCGGCACAGGCGCCGACGCCCUCAUUCCAUACAUCACACGCCGAAACGCGACCAAAGCCAGACACGCCCGCUCGAGUCCAGCAGGAUCCCGGACGAACCGCCAAAUUUAACAAUUCACUUUCAAGUUGCUAGAAAAAGUAAGUGAACCCCUGGACUGGACCGUGCCCAGAUUUGGCAUCACCCCCCCCAUACUAGUGUUUCUUAUUCCCAGUUCAGGCUGGGGGGAAAGUAAGUGAACCCCUGGACUGGACUGUGCCCAGAUUUGGCAUCACCCCCCCACACUAGUGUUUCUUAUUCCCAGUUCAGGUUGGGGGGGGGGGGGGGGGGAAUUUAGGGACCCCCUGGACUGUGUAUAGAUUUGGCAUCACCUCCCCACACUAGUGUUUCUUAUUCCCAGUUCAGGCUGGGGGGAAAGUAAGUGAACCCCUGGACUGGACUGUGCCCAGAUUUGGCAUCACCUCCCCACACUAGUGUUUCUUAUUCCCAGUUCAGGUUGGGGGGAAAGUAAGUGAACCCCUGGACUGUGUAUAGAUUUGGCAUCACCUCCCCACACUAGUGUUUCUUAUUCCCAGUCCCAGUUCAGGCUGUGUAAUCCUUGGGUGUUUACAAUUCAUGGUUUGGCACCGUGCUCUUGGUGUGAUCUUUACAGGAUACCCAUUCCUAAGCGGAUCAGCAAGAAUCCACACCGUCCUCCUUUCUUACAUGAUCAGAUCUUCACCCCACACACUUGACUUUUGAAGGCACCAGUCCAGAGGUUCAUGCUUUUUGCAGACUGAACAUUAAAUGGUUCAGGAAACACCAGACCAUCAGAGUUUAUCAGUAAUAAAAGCAACAAAAAACUGUUCCGUCCUCGUACGAGGACGUUUUCGUUUGGGUUACAUAAGGACACGUUCGAUUACCAAAGUCCCCGGUGUCUGGAUCUCAGAUUCGAUUCCCAUCGUUCAUCCCACCCUGUCCAUCGUCCCGUGUUACCCACCAUCCCUACACCGAUCGUCUUCCCGUUUAGAGUUGGAUCUUGACUGUAAGGGCUCUCCAGGCGGCUCCAUGUUCUCGUUUCAGUCCCGCUUCAGAUAAUCAUCUCACCGUAAUCCCGACAGUGCUGAACUGUUCUGUGUUUGUAAAGCACACGUUUUCUAGAUCAGACUCGUCUAGGUUCAGAGUUUUGAAAGCACACCGCUAGCUAGUUUAUUUCCUUCGUUUUGUUUUGGCGAGUUGCUUCCGGACGUGCUGUUUUAUUGUAAGCUGCAUAGAUCCUCCUCCUGCAUGUGUGUACUCUAGAGUAGUCGGGUUGUUCAUGUUUAGUCAAAUAAAAAUGUUUGAAUACA